AUGUGGAAGUGCGAGGGCCUGAACCGCGAAUACAUGACAGUAACCACUCACUGGGCUGUAGAAAACGACAAGCAGAAAUCUUUCGAGAUAAAGAAUGCUCUGUUAGAAGUAGAGGAAUUCUCGGACAGUGCGCACACAUACAACAUCAGAAAAGCUGUAAGUGCCUCAAAAUACAGACUAUAUAUUGAUAAUUUGAAAUAUCAUAAAUCCGCAUAUUGCUGUAUUAUAAUUAUAUUUUAAUUUUUUUAAAUUUAGUUGCGACUGGGUGUGUCAAAAGUGGAUCAGCAAAUCAAAAUUUCAUUUAGGUGUGUCUGACAACGCAUCCAAUGUAACACUUGCCCUAAAGAGUGACACAGAUCUUGAAGCGCCAGAUGAUCUUCUUGCCCGAGCAAUGGCUGAGCCCGAGGAGUUUGACGAUGCUAAUGAUGAUGAAGACCAGUUCCCACCACUAGCACCCAUGCAUGAAGGAUCGGCAGGAUGUUUCGCACAUUUGCUAAACCUUAUAGUUGAAGUAGGUACGAAGUACACAUUCUUCUACAGUUUUCCAUGAAUUCACAUUAGGAAUUGUUAAAUGAUGUUAUGCACUUUUGCUCAUAUCGGUCAUAUGCUGCAUUGUGCUUGGCUUAUACAUGCAUGUAUAGUAAAUAUGCUGUUAUAUAAUCAAUAUUAUUAAAAAUCAUUUAUAUUUGUAUAGGACGCACUUCAACCACAUGUUCAGCGUGCUGUCACCGAUGCAAAAACUCACUGCGAGCAAAUUGUAACAAAAACAAAAUAAAUAUAAAAACAAAUGCAUGCUUGUUUGUUUGUUUGUUUGUAUAAAUGUUUAUACAGGAAGAUCUGAUUUAGCAUAGAUACAGCUACAGAGACACAGAAUCCUGUCUGACUAGCUUUAUUGUUCCCAUUUCCCAAUAUCAUGAUGUCAUGAUUUAGAAUUAAAUUUGAAUCAUUUGGUUGAUUGAUUGAAACUUAAUAGAAUUUAAUCUAUUAUUAUCUUAGACAAUCAAUGCCGGUUGCUCGAGCGUUCAGAGAGGCCUAAGCUGGAAUACCAAUACCACCUGGUGAGACUGGUAAUAAGAUUGUUGGCCUUGUUAAGAAUGUUACAACUCGCUGGAACUCAUCUCUGGCCAUGUUCAGGUAACAUGUUUCCCGUAACAGAUUGCUCACGCUCGUUGAUUUGAUUAACUCGAAUCGAAAAAGCUUAUAGCUGUGGGCUAUUGAGUUCUAAACUUUUUUAUAGGUUUAUGAAACUGUUACUGUACUGAUCAUGAUUGUCUGCUAUUACCGUAUUAGUGCUAGCAUGCAAUCUAACUUUUUUAUCACAGAUCAUUUGUAAAAAAUAAGGAAGUCCUUACCACAUUUCUACGCCGAAGUCAUGAGCUAAGUCUUCCGGUCUUACCAGCAUCUUUGGGAAAUCGGAGCAACUUUUGGAAAAUCGUAGAAGGUCUUGUGAAAGUUCUUACUCCUUUCGAAGAUGUAACCCUUCAAGUGAGCAAGGAGGAGGCAAGUUUGUCGGAGUGUAUCCCUUAUGCUCACACAUUGGUAAGUAAUAUAACGAACAUCGACACAUUUGGGGUGCGGUUUUCCACUUUCCCAAUUUGGUGGCGUGUGUGACCAAGUCAGUUAACUGUAUAUGGAAAUAAAAACGCAAGUUUUAUACAAUUAUGUUACUUUAAAUACUUUUGUCUUGACUUACAUUACAUUUUUGUAGCUUCGAUCCAUAGAGAAUCUUCACCACCCUACUGACGAGGUGCUACCAGUUACUGGACUGGAAACGUUUAUAGCCAUGUUAAAAGAUGGAAUAAAGAACCGGCUAAUCAACAACCAAACCCUGACAUUACAAAUUUCUACCUUGUUAAAUCCAAGGUAUGUAUAUGGCAACGAAUAGUUACAAAUCGGCUUAAUAGUAUUGGGGUUGCCAGUUAAUUCAUAUCAUGGCAUCAUAUCAUGGCAAAUAAAUUUGCUCAAUGUGCAGUUACUUAAUAGCAUGUUGAGUUUCUUUAAAUUUAUACAUUUUUCUGUUUCAGAUUCAAACUACGUCUUUUUGAUGACGUUUGUCGUGACGUCGUCCGCGAGGCUGUUAUUACAAGGCUGAUCAUGAAUAGGGAUACAACAGAGCCAGGUGACCAGGGUGAUGUGGAAAACCCAGAAGAACGACCAGAAGCUUAUGUGCCUACAAAAGGGUCACCACUAACAACGCUUACUGAUAUUGUAAGUGAACGUAUGCAGAGCCAGGGGAGCAGAACUGUUGAACGGCAACAAGGAUCACUGAUGCCAGAACAAGAGCUAACAAACUACCUGUCUGAACCGGUGAUACCAGUGAGAUCUGAAGACGGUAAAGCCAAUGCUCUUGAUGUAUUACAUUAUUGGUAUCGCCACAAAGAAUGGCCUGCUUUGACACGUUUAGCUCUAUCGUUUCUUUCCUGUCCACUGUCUUCUGUCACUUCCGAGCGUGUCUUUUUGUUGACGGGGAACAUCGUGUCGAAGAAACGUUGUGCGCUCCUUCCUGACAACAUUGGACGAUUGGCGUUCAUUAAAUUCAACAACAAUAAGUUUUAA